AUGCGGCUGGACCCCUGUGUGUGCCCCGCAGAGAUGGCCUUCCAGCGGAGCCACAGGCUGAACCUGCUGCGCCUCAUCGUGCUGCUCCUCGUGGCCUUGGCCGGCAUCAAGUUCCUCUUCCGCGACAGCUUUACCCUGGAGCUGCACAAGCAUGUCAGCAAGGACAGUGGCUUCUGGGGGGACACAGGUGACAUUGACCAGGACACAGGCCCCCAGAGCCAGGCUCUGGAGCUCCCUGUGGUAAAGAUAACAGCCCCAAGGCAAGAGCCGGGCCAGCAGGUCCCCAGAGACACCAGCACCACUGAGAUGAGGCUGGUCCACCUGGACCUGAAGGGAGCUGCACCCAGGAUCUCCUACCUGGAGCAGGUGUUCCCCCUCCUGUCCCAGCUGGGAGCCAACGGCAUCCUCAUUGAGUAUGAGGACAUGUUCCCCUUCAAGGGGGAGCUGGAAAUCCUCAAGUCCCCAUACGCUUACAGCGAGAAGGACAUAGAGCGGAUCCAGCAGCUGGCAGAUCUCCACAAGCUGGAGGUGGUUCCUCUGGUGCAAACCUUUGGGCACGUGGAGUUCAUCCUCAAGCACGAGAAGUACCAGCACCUGCGGGAGGUUGAGCGUUUCCCCAACAGCUUCAACCCCCAUGUCCCUGACACCCUGGCCCUGCUCAAGAGCAUCUUGUCGCAGGUGAUCGAGAAGCACAGGCGUUCCACUUGGAUCCACAUCGGUGCAGAUGAGGUCUUCCAUCUUGGGGAGGGGAUGGACUCCAAGAACUGGAUGAGCCAUAACAAGGGUGACAUGGGGACCAUGUACCUGAAGCACAUCAAGGAGGUGCUGAGCUUCAUCACCACGCAGUUCUGGGGGCUGCGGGUGCUCAUGUGGGAUGACAUGCUGAGGAAGAUCAGCGUGGGAGCCCUGCAGGAGUCUGGGAUAGCAAAGCACGUCUCACCUGUGGUGUGGUUCUAUGCACCCGACUUUGAGGCUGAGCAGAUUGGGCCAUUCCUCACCAAGUAUGUGGAGAGCGGCUUCGAGGCGGUGUGGUUCGCCAGCGCCUUCAAGGGCACCACAGGACCAGCGCAGACCUGGACCCCCCUGAGCUACCACCUGAAAAACCACCUGAGCUGGCUGAAGGUGAUGCAGUCCCUGCCGCGGCUGGCCCCACUGCGCUUCCAGGGCAUCGUCCUCACCGGCUGGCAGAGGUACGAUCACUACUCGGUACUCUGCGAGCUGCUGCCCGUCGGCAUCCCUUCCCUGGCCAUCUGCCUGCAGACCCUGGUGAACGGGGGCUUCACGGAAGAGACGAAAAGGAAGGUCCUGGACACGCUGGGAUUCCAGAGCAUGCAGCUGGAGCAGAGCACGUGCGAGGGCAGGGGAGCGUUCCCUGGCGCAGAGAUCUACCACAUGGUCGAGCAGGUUAAUGGCCACCUGAAGGAGAGCAUCCUUAAAGCCCUGGAGGAGGAGAGUGCCAUCAAGGGCUGGUUCAGCCCCUAUCACCGGAAGCGCCAGUUCGGCAAUCCCCGCAACAUGGAGAGCUUCGGCAGCAAGGUGGUGAAGCUCCACGAGGACUGGGAGAGCUUUGUUCGCGACCUGCGCACACACCUGGAGAGAGUCUACUUCCCUGACAUGGUGGAGGAGUGGAUGGAGGAGAACAUCAACCCCUACCUGGACCAGCUGCGGGACCUGGUGCGGGACUACCGGGCCAUCAUCCGCCUCAACGCCAGGCCCAAG